GGUUCAAGUUUGUUUCAGGGUCUAUGAUGCACUGGACUUUGUGCAUAGUUUACUGCAGGAUAUCAGAGCCAUCACAUCUAAGGCUGAUAUAACGUGUAUUCCCUAAAGUUGUAUUCAUUAUUUACAUUCCAAAUCCUCCAGUAAUUUAACACGAUUUCGAUGUCUACAGAAAAGGAGACGAGGCACCCGCCUCUCUCGACCAGCCCCAACCUUCCGAAUCAUGCGGAUAUACUAAACGGGAAAAGCAGUGGUUCCAGCGCAGGAUCCUACAUGCGCAUUUUCAAAUUUACACAGCCCGUGGAUAUACUCCUCGAGAGUAUAGCAUUCGUGGCCGCAGCUUCUUCUGGCGUUGCAUUGGCUAUUGUCAACCUAGUACUCGGUGGAUUCAUUACCGUUCUCACUAACUUCGUAGCCGGCCAGAGCACCGCUUCCCAGUUUAUGAGCGACGUUUCGACUUACUGCUUAUACUUCAUUUAUAUUGGCGUAGGCCGCUUGGUUCUCGUGUAUGUUUACACAACCCUAUCUACAUAUUGCGCAUAUAGGAUCGUCCGCAACAUUAGACAGCAAUUUUUUAAGGCAGCUUUGGCGCAAGAGAUCGCCUUUUUUGAUUAUGGUUCUGGAGGUUCCAUCUCAAUGCAGGCAACAACAAACGGAAAUCUGAUACAUUCUGGCAUCGCAGAAAAGCUGGGAUUGUGCGUUCAAUCUGCUGUGACAUUUGUCGCAGCAUUCGUUGUCGCCUUCGUGAGUCAGUGGAAACUCACACUCAUUUUGAUAUGGCUAGCUCCAGCACUUAUCGUGUUGAUGGGUUUCAUUGCUACAGCGGAAGCGAAGCUCGAAACCAGUAUGCUAGAAUUAUACGCUCAAGGUGGCGCGUUUGCCGAGAGCAUCCUGUCCACACCAAGAACAGUUCAUGCAUUUAGUAUCCGGGAACGACUUGUAGCCCGAUAUGACGACUUUCUUCAAAGAGCAAAAGAUUUGGGUGACCAAAAAAGCCCGCUUUUUGGACUUAUGUUUAGCAUUGAAUACUUCCUCAUCUAUGCUGGCAUGAGUUUGGCCUUCUGGCAGGGAAUUAAGAUGGCAGCAAACGAGGAGGUGCCCUCACUGGGAACGGUCUUCACAGUCUUGAUGUCUGUAAUCGUUGCCACAAUAUCGGUAACCAUGGUUGCACCAUACACGAUAUCCUUCGGGCGCGCCGCAACAGCGGCACACCAACUCUUUUCUCUGAUCGAUAGAAAAUCGCAGAUUGACCCAUUCAACCCAUCUGGUGAAAAGCCAGCCACAACUCAAGGAGUUCUGGACAUACAUAAUGUCACGUUCAGUUACCCGACUCGGCCCGAUUCCAUCAUUCUGAACGGAUUCUCCCUGCACAUUCCCGCAGGGAAAGUGACAGCACUUGUGGGAGCGAGCGGCUCCGGGAAGAGUACCAUUGUCGGAUUGCUUGAACGUUGGUAUCAGCCAUCGUCGGGCACUAUAAAGCUAGAUGGAAUGCCCAUCGAAGACCUAAACCUUAACUGGCUACGCACGAACAUCCGAAUGGUUCAACAGGAGCCGGUUUUAUUCAACGGCACAAUAUUUGACAACAUUGCUUAUGGUUUGGUCGGGACACAAUGGGAGAAUGAGCCCCGGGCCACGCAGUUGAAUGAGGUGACAAAGGCAGCGCAGUUUGCUUUUGCCCACGACUUCAUCGUGGACUUGCCUCAAGGCUACGAUACUCGCAUAGGUGAACGUGGUGGACUUCUUUCCGGUGGCCAAAAACAGCGUGUUGCUAUCGCCCGCAGUAUUGUGUCUAACCCCAAAGUGCUGCUAUUGGAUGAAGCAACAAGUGCCUUAGACCCUCAAGCCGAAGGUAUCGUGCAAGGGGCUCUCGACAACGUGUCCAAGGAUCGUACUACUAUAGUGAUCGCUCACAAGCUUACCACUGUCAGGGAUGCUGAUAAUAUCGUCGUGAUGGCUCAGGGGUGUAUUCUAGAGCAAGGUACUCACGACGAACUUUUAGCCUCAGCCGGAGCCUAUUCUCGCUUGGUUGCAGCUCAGAGUAUUGCGACAACGGCGGGCAGAGACGAUUCAGAGGAGAGAUCAGAAUCCGAAGACGAGCACGACACGGAUGACCUGAUAUCCAAUAAGACCUUGACGCAACACUCCACCACGCAAAAUCACGAGCUCGCGCUUCUCAGCGAGCGCGAUAGCUACGACCACGUAAAGCAUGCGGGGUUGAUUUCAACGGUUUUCGGGUUGAUACAACGGACUCCAGAACUCAAGUGGCAGUAUUUGAUAAUAUUUGUAGCAUGCUUGACGGCAUCUGCUGUGUAUCCUGGCCAAGCUCUUAUACUUGCCAAUGUCAUGGAUGUAUUCCAGCUAGAAACUGAUGCGAUGCAAAGUCGCGGAAACUUCUACGCAUUGAUGUUUUUAGUCCUGAGUAUUGGCUGUCUAAUAUGUUACUUUGUCAUGGGCUGGACUACCAAUAUCGUGGCGCAGACGAUGAACAAGAAGUUCAGAACGACGAUUCUUAAUAGUAUGCUCCGUCAAGAUAUUCAAUUCUUUGACCGCCCUGAGAACACGACCGGUGCUCUUACCAGUCGACUCGACUCAAACCCCCAGGCAAUACUUGAGCUCAUGAGCUUCAAUAUGGGGCUCAUUCUGAUUAACAUAUUCAACGUUGUAGGAUCUAGCAUCCUUGCGAUUGCGGUGUCGUGGAAACUCGGCCUGGUAGGUGUCUUUGCUGGGCUUCCGCCGAUGCUGUUCGCAGGUUAUGCAAGAAUUCGGCUCGAAACACGUAUGGAUGCGGGCAAUUCCAAACGGUUUUCAGGUAGUGCGGCCAUCGCGUCUGAGUCCAUCACAUCCAUUCGGACCGUGUCAAGUCUUGCUAUUGAGCAUACUAUGUUGGACCGGUAUAGCGAAGAACUAGGCCAUGCUAUGCGCCAAUCCAUCUCACCUCUUGCGCACAUGAUGUUCUGGUUCUCCUUUACCCAGUCUAUCGAAUAUUUCAUCCUUGCGCUGGGAUUCUGGUACGGCUGCAAGCUGGUAUCGCAGGGCGAGGUGACGUUCUAUGAAUUCUUUGUCUCCUUCAUGGGCACUUUCUUUUCCGGGCAGGCUGCUAGCCAGAUGUUCGCGUAUGUAUCACUUCUUCUUUCAAUUUUAAUUUUUUGUAUGACCAAAGGUAAAAGCGCUGCAAACUAUCUGUUCUGGAUCGAAGCUUUGCAGCCAACCAUCCGCCCAGAUACAGCAGAGAACCAUAACCACCGCCCCACUAAUGACAUAUCGUCAAUCAAGCUCAACAAGGUCCAGUUUUCAUAUCCUCUACGCCCAGAUGCCCGAGUCCUACGCGGCAUCGAGCUAGACAUCAAGCGUGGCGAGUUCGUUGCUUUCGUCGGGGCAUCAGGAUGUGGCAAAAGCACAAUGAUUGCCAUGCUAGAGCGUUUCUACGACCCAACCUCGGGCAACAUCAAGGUGGAUUCUGAGCCCCUUGUUGACAUUAAUCCAAGAUUGUACCGACACCACGUAGCCCUCGUUCAGCAGGAACCCACACUUUACCAGGGCAGCAUCCGCGAAAAUAUAUUGCUAGGCAAGAUAUACGGAGACGGGAAGCACAUCAAUGACAAGAACCUCGCGAGUGACGCCGAAGUGGAGGAGGCUUUACGCGCUGCGAACGCAUGGGAUUUUGUCAUGUCACUCCCGGAAGGUGUAGCGACACCAUGUGGUAUGAGUGGUUCCCAACUAUCUGGCGGCCAGAGACAACGCAUUGCAAUUGCACGAUCAUUAAUCCGCAAGCCCAACGUCCUGCUUCUGGACGAAGCCACAUCGGCAUUGGACACUGCAUCCGAGAAAAUUGUCCAGUCGGCUUUGGCAGAAGCCGCGGCAUCAGGCGAGCGAAUCACAAUUGCGGUCGCUCAUAGACUUAGCACGAUCAAAGAUGCGGAUCGGAUUUGCGUUUUCUACAACGGCAGAGUCAUCGAGUCGGGCACUCAUGACGAGUUAUUGGCCUUCGGCAAAAUGUACAAGAAGAUGUGCCAAGCACAGAGCUUGGACAGGGGAGCGGCUUAAUUAUUUAUGAGGAUAGUCGCAUACUGAAAACAUGAAUGCACAUAUUAAGUGUUUUCAACCUCAUUCGUAAUCCUACAUAACCAUGCCCACUGCCGCCAUCGUUGCUACGAGAGCGUGGUCGAAGUUUAUGCAGCAUAGACAGCACAGCCGCAAAGACAUGGACCCCAUGUCUCCUACCCCUGCUCUGAGCGCACCCAGAAUGCCGGGUUUUUAAGGACGGUUAGUCACUCAAUGUAUUGGUAAUCCGUACUCUGAAC